AUGCGUAGGUGGGUUGAUGGGCCGACCGAAGUCAAAGACAACUUAGGGGCUCAUCCCGAUCGACUUCUUCAAAUCGUGAGGUUGAGCUCUUCACGUCUCCAGAAUUUUUAGUCGCAGAGCCGGCGGGAGAGGAAGGAAGAACGGCGCAAGGCGAGUGCAAUGUCGGGCGAGGAUUUGGAGAAUGGAGAGUUUUACUUGAGAUAUUAUGUGGGGCAUAAAGGCAAAUUUGGACACGAAUUCUUGGAGUUCGAAUUCCGACCCGAUGGCAAGCUUCGCUAUGCUAACAAUUCCAACUACAAGAACGACACCAUGAUUCGCAAGGAAGUCUACCUCACCCCUGCUGUCCUCCGGGAGUGCCGUCGAAUCAUCUCCGACAGCGAGAUUAUGAAGGAAGACGAUAAUAAUUGGCCAGAACCAGAUCGAGUUGGACGACAGGAGCUUGAGAUUGUGAUGGGAAAUGAACACAUCUCCUUCACCACGUCUAAGAUUGGAUCUCUUGUUGAUGUGCAGAGCAGCAAGGAUCCUGAAGGUUUGCGGAUAUUCUAUUAUCUUGUUCAGGAUCUGAAAUGCUUUGUAUUUUCUCUUAUUUCACUCCACUUCAAGAUCAAACCAAUUUAAAGAAGUGCCAAAACUCCUACUGUGCAAUAUGAAGAACAUGUACUUCUCCCAACGGUGAAAUCCUUUUUUUUUUUUUUUUCUGGCUUUUUGGCUUUUGAGAAUUCUUUUCUGUAUAACAGAAGCCGGGUGGUGUUGAAUGGUUGUGUUUGAUUUCUUAAAAAUGCGCAGAAUUUUGGAGAUUUAUAAUGUGUUAUUUUUUAGUGCCAUCUUCUGGACUUGGUGUAUGAUGAUGAUGAUGAUCUGUGUCGACAUUGAUCUUUUAUAUUCAAUUUUGUUGGGGAUGUGUA